GUUACCAGUGCAAUUGCCUCUCCCAGUUUACGGGAAGGAAUUGUGAGUCGGAGAUCACAGCCUGCUUCCCAAAUCCCUGCCGGAAUGGAGGCUCCUGCGAUCCCAUCGGCAAUGCUUUCAUCUGCAACUGUAAAAAUGGCCUGACAGGAGUAACGUGUGAAGAAGACAUCAACGAGUGUGAAAGAGAAGAAUGUGAAAAUGGUGGCUCCUGUGUCAACAUAUUUGGUUCAUUUCUGUGUAACUGCACCCCUGGCUAUGUGGGACAAUACUGUGGUCUUCGCCCUGUGGUGGUUCCAAAUAUACAAGCUGGGCAUUCGUACGUCGGCAAGGAGGAGCUGAUAGGAAUAGCCGUCGUCCUGUUUGUCAUAUUUGUGUUGAUCAUCCUCUUUAUCAUCUUUCGAAAGAAAGUAUUCAGGAAGAACUAUUCCCGCAACAACAUCACUCUUGUGCAGGAUCCAGCUACUGCCGCCCUGCUCAACAAGAGCAACGGCGUCCAGUUCAAGAACAUCAGGAACAGCGGAGACAGUAGAAAUAUCUACCAAGAGGUUGGGCCUCCACAGGUCCCAGUGAGGCCAAUGGCCUAUACCCCGUGUUUCCAGAGUGACUCACGGAAUAACUUGGACAAGAUAGUGGAUGGGCUUGGUGUGGAGCACCAGGAGAUGACGACGUUUCAUCCCGAGUCCCCUCGAAUACUGACAGCCAGGCGGGGGGUGGUGGUGUGCAGCGUAGCUCCGAACCUGCCUGCCGUGUCUCCCUGUCGCUCCGACUGCGACUCCCUCAGGAAAAGCACAUGGGAUGCUGGGACAGAAAGUAAAGGGGUUGAUGAUGCUGAAGAAGUGACCUAUUUUGCAGGAAGUAAUAAAGGCAGCAACUCCGAAGUACAAUCCCUCAGCUCCUUCCAGUCUGAUUCGGGUGAUGAUAAUGCUUCCAUAGUGACUGUCAUACAGCUUGUCAACAAUGUAGUUGACACUAUAGAAAAUGAAGUGUCUGUUAUGGAUCAAGGACAGAACUACAACAGAGCGUAUCAUUGGGAUACCUCUGACUGGAUGCCAAGCGCUCGCUUGUCGGACAUUGAGGAAGUGCCCAACUUUGAGACAGCGGAUGGAGGCUCGGCUCAUCACGGCAGUACCAGAGAGCUGGAAACGGAUUACUACCUUGGUGGCUACGACAUUGACAGCGACUACCCUCCCCCUCACGAAGAGGAGUUUUUAAGCCAGGACCAGUUGCCGCCUCCUCUUCCAGGGGAUUAUCCAGACCAAUAUGAAACCCUUCCACCCUCGCAGCCAGUCUCAAUGGCAAGUACGCUCAGCCCCGACUGCAGGCGACGGCCACAUUUCCACCCUAGCCAAUACCUCCCUCCCCACCAGUUCCCCAAUGAGACGGACACCACGGGGCCUCAGACUGGGAACGAAUUUAGUACUUUUGCUGUUGGCCCAAGCCAGAACACAGAAAACAUUAGUGCAGGUAAGAUGCCCUUAUCCUUGCACAACUCUCUAGAUGCCUCCUCCUCUGACGUCUCAGCCAGCUGUGGCUUUGAUGACUCUGAAGUAGCCAUGAGUGACUUUGAAAGCGUGGAGGAACUCAACCUAGAAAAUGUUCACAUUCCAUUUCUGGAGACCCAGCACCAGACACAAGUGUAA